CAGAAUCCGACUCACGUUCUUUUCGCUCUGUUGGAUUUGCUCUCCCUCCCAAAGCCUAACUUUCCCACCAAUGCUCUCUUCUCACAUUUUGGUUAGUCAUAUAGAGGCACAGCAAGAAAGGAGACUGAGAUACUGAGAGUGAGAGUGAGAGUAAGAGUGAGAGAGAGUGAGUUGUUUCUAGUCAGAGAAAGUGUGUGUUUCUUAGAGAGAGAAACGGUGAGAGAAAGAGAGCAAUGUCUUCCUUCCCUGCAUCAAGCGCUGAUGACUUCUCCGGCGAAUUCGCGGUGGACUCUGACUUGUCCAUCGACCAUGGCUCCACCGUGCCUGAGGCCCAAGGAUUCAAAGAUCCAAACCCUAGCUACUCCCAACCUUCGUUUGAACCGAUUCACGUGGAGAACGAGAACGAGAAUGACAACAAGAACGGUGACUUUCCGGUCGACCAUGCCUCCGCCAUGCCUGAGACCUAUAGAUCCGAAGGCUUAAACCCUAGCUUCUCUCAGUCUUCGUACGAACUGAUCCAUGUGGAGAACGAGAAUGAUAAAGGUUACGGUGGUUUUGGUGAAAACGACAUUAGCGGCGAUGACGUUUUUGUCUCCGACAGUAUGGUGCUUUCUCUGCCGACUGAGAUGAAGUCCAAGGAAUUUUUCACUCUUCAAGAAUGGAGGCGUCAAAAAGCCAUUCAGCUUGAGGAAAAGGAGAAGAGGAGGAGAGAAACGAGAAAAGGAAAGGAAGCUGAACCGUAUCUACAAGCUUUUUAUGAGGAAAGGAAGCUUGAUGUUGAGAGUAGCAAGGCCAACAACAGUGAAUGGGAGAAGGCCCUGCAGGGUGAUGAGCAUGAGCUUGAAGCCUCAUCAUGGUUACAUGAGUUCUGUUCUCAAUAUGAACGCCAAAGGUUUAGUCCUUGGAUGGUUGAGGUGGUCACAAUGCUGAGGAAAGAAUCAGAAAUGCUGGAGCAAGAAAAUCUUAGGUGCCCAUUACUGGAGAAAGAAGUUGACUGUUUAGAGCAGGAUGUAGAUAUAAAAGAUUUGAAGGAACCAAUAGUCAGCCUAAGCGGUUUCGUUAGACUACAAAUUCAAAAGGCCUAACUUGUUCAUAGGGAUAAAUCACAGGAAUGCGAAAACCUAAAACCUUUGUACAGGAAGUUACUAUCCUCAUUUCGGCAACCAAAGAAGAGAAAAAGUGGAGCAGUUGCACUGGAUUCACUUUGUAUCGUUCAAUCCUCCACAAAUCCAUGAAAGGGUGACUGCAAAACUAGUUCCAAGUCCAAUAAGAAUGAGGGGAAAUGAUGACGGUUGGAAGAAAGGGUUCCUUUUUGAAACCAUGCUAGAAUAUAAAUGCAUGUUCAUGAUAAAAUUCAAGUAUGUAUACAUGUAAAUUUU